ACGCUGCAUGUUUGUUGUCGCUCUGCAAACCCGCAAUUGUUUUGACUCCUUCAAUCGCUCGCGGUGAGGUACCACCAAACUUUUAUCGAGCCACAGUCCAGCCUUCCUGUCCGGUGAGCGGUUUCUCUCCACUCCUGUCCAUGCCAGCGCCAGCCACCAGCAAACACCGCCUCGACAACUCUCACCUCGCACACCGCGUCCUCGUACUAACCUACCGCAUUCGGCCACCAUCUUCUCAGCCCCCCAGCCCCACGUCAACUCCUACCAAACAUGGCCAAACCAAUAACCCUGCGCGCGCCCUCAAGCCUCGCAUCCACAAAUCCCUUGUUGUCCUCAACCUCGAGUCCCGUCGUCGCACCUCCAAUAUCCUGGAUCGAAGGCUCAUGGAACGUCACGCACUCCUCCCUUCCCAUGUGGAAGAAGAGUCGGAACGUCGUGAUCAAGUAUGCUCGAAUCCCCGGUACCUUGCCCGCGCUCCUGGACGACGAAGUCUCAUACCAAUCACUGUCCUCCACAAAACGGAAGACGGUGUGUGGGGUUGACAAACCCUUCAACCCUACUGGCGCGCCCUCUCCCACUCUGGAAAACGGAAACGGAGAAGGAGAGGACGCAGCGAGUCUGGGGUACAAUUGGCGGGGCAAGGGGUGGUUGAUGAUUGCGUCGAGUAAGUGGGAGUUCCUGGGUUAUGGGGAGGAGGAAGGUGGGAAUAAGUGGGCUGUGACGUAUUUUGCGAAGACUAUGUUUACGCCUGCCGGUGUGGAUUUUUAUUCUGAGGAGGGAGGAUUGAAGGAGGAGACGGUGGACGGGAUAAAAGUUGCGUUAGAAGCGCUUGGAGGGGAUGUUGCGGCGCUGGCGAAACAGUUGUUUGUUGUCAAGAUGGAUGACUCGAGGACAUGAUGUGGUCGUUAGUAUUGAAUAGUGCCGGGGCCCGUAGAGGAAGGGUCCUUUAAUGGUAAUGAUGCGUUGGGGUGGUAGCCAGGAGGAUACGUCUAGUGGUUAGGAGCUUGAUAUUCGAGAUACCCCAGCAAAGAUA